AUCGCUGAUUAUUACCAAGUCACCGGAAACGGACAACCUGCACAGCACUCUUGCCGGGCCCCCCAAACCGGCGCGCCCACAGAAGUACUACCCCGCCAAAACGACCGCCCGCAAAACCACAGCUCCAGUCCGUCGGGGUGUCAUGGAUCCAACGAGUCACAGCUCCCGCAGCAGAGCUCCGGCCGAGGCCGCACCCACCGAGCUACCAUGUUUUACCGAGGGCGGAGCUCAAGGUUUGGAGACUGGAGCCCAUUCUCGUCUCACCAGGGAAACCUUGCCCCUGAGUAGCAGCCGCCUCGGCCUCAGCAAAAGUAACGAGGUGGUUAUGAAUAAUGCUAGCGACUACGGCUCCGGUCACGACAUCGCACAUCAUCUAGAAUCACACGCCGCCGACAGCGAGGCCCUCAAUGGCGCAGCAAUGUCUCCCUCGGCCACAUCUCCCCCGACGACUACUCUCCCUCCGCGCCAGAUCACGAGGCCCCGCACUGCGACUUCGACGGCCGAGAUCGACAGCACCAUCAGCAGGCCUGGCGCCGUGCGCAUCAACGUCAAGGGCGCAUUCAUUGUGGACGGCUCACAAACCCCAGCGACUCCCUCUGGGAAUUGCAACGGCAAUGGCUUGUUGACUGGGCGCAGUUCGCCGGACCACCACCAGACCCAGGAUAUUCGCCUCCCGAACCACACGGCCGUCGUGAGCCAUGUUGCAAUUGACAUUGGUGGAUCCCUCGCCAAACUAGUCUACUUCUCGCGCGAAGCCGAUUCCACGGAUCCCGGAGGCCGCUUGAACUUUACGAGCUUCGAAACGGACAAAAUUGAGGAGUGCUUCUCCUUCAUGCGCCGCCUGCGCGAUGAGCAACAGCCCCUCAAUGGCUCCGUCCCUAACAAGCUGUGCGUCAUGGCGACCGGCGGCGGCGCCUACAAGUACUACGACCGUAUCCGCGAGGCACUGGGAGGCGAGAUUGACGUGCUGCGUGAGGACGAGAUGGAGUGUCUGAUCAUCGGCCUGGAUUUCUUCAUCCACGAGAUCCCGAGAGAGGUGUUUACAUAUUCGGAGACCGAUCCCAUGCAUUUUGCGACACCCGGGUGCGACGACGACGGAAGGGAGAUAUACCCAUACCUGCUGGUCAAUAUCGGGUCUGGAGUUUCGUUUCUGAAGGUAGAGGGCCCCAGGAAGUACCAACGUGUCGGUGGCACUUCCCUGGGUGGCGGCACCCUGUGGGGCCUAUUGUCGCUGCUGACGGGCGCGAGGUCCUUUGACGAGAUGCUGGAUCUUGCCUCCAAAGGGGACAACUCCCGUGUAGAUAUGCUGGUGGGCGAUAUCUACGGGACGGACUAUGGCAAAAUUGGGCUCAAGAGCUCCACCAUCGCGUCAUCCUUUGGCAAGGUCUUUCGCAUGAAGCGGCAGGCCGAGUCGGCAGCGGAGGACUGCGGACCGGGGUCUUCGGAGAUGGGGUCCAAACAGGGCAACGACGUCGCCAAUGGAGACGGGGAUGUGGCCGAGGACGGCGGCGGCUUCUCGGCGGCCGACAUGUCGCGGUCGCUGCUCUACGCCAUCAGCAACAACAUCGGGCAGAUCGCGUACCUCCAGUCGCAGAUCCACAAGCUGUCGGCCAUAUACUUUGGCGGGUCCUUCAUCAGAGGCCACCCGCAGACCAUGAACACGCUCAGCUACGCCAUCAAGUUCUGGAGCAAAGGGGCGUCGCAGGCCUACUUCCUGAGGCAUGAGGGCUACCUGGGCGCCGUUGGAGCCUUCCUCAAGAGGCAGCCGCGCAACUGGGGCAGGAGGGGUAGCUUUGAGGAGAGCGCCACGAGGAGGAUGAGGGAAAGGGGCACCAGUGGCAGUAUCAGUGGCGCUAGGGAAGAUGAGGACCAGAGGCCGGUCGAGCCGGUCAUGCUGAGUGGCGCGACCGAGUGA